GUCUCUAUGUAUUGUGAGGUGUCCACAGUCCAUCAGUGACCGCUUGGUCCCAGCAGAAGCUUCCAUCAGCUGUCAGUCCCAGUCCAAGUGCUGCGCUUUCCCCCCCCGAUUUUUAACGGGGUCCCGCGAUAAAGCAGUGUGAACGGGCUCAACAACAUCCGAGAGACCUCCUUCUCGUCCGAUUCCUUUUUCCUACUUCCUUCUGCACCAAAACUCCUCCUUCUCUCACCUAAUCACAUCCUCCCAAGCCAUCUUCUCGCCUGCAAUUCUUCCCCUCCCGCCUUGUGUUGCGCAAACCGACUCGAAUUCUUCACACCGAAUCCUAGUUAAACAGCAAGGACCCUCAACAAACUUCCCACCCCUCCGAUAAAUAAGGAAGGAAAAAAAAAAAAGGAGCCACGUUUACCACCAACAAUCCUUUGCGGUCUCUGCACACAAAUCAAUCACAAUGGGCGCUGUUGAACUCACCUACCAGGAUGUUGCUGAGCACAACACCAAGAAGGACAUCUACAUGGUGAUCCACGACAAGAUCUACGACUGCACCAAGUUCGUCGACGAGCACCCCGGUGGCGAGGAGGUUCUUCUUGACGUCGGUGGUCAGGAUGCCACCGAGGCGUUCGAGGAUGUCGGACACAGCGACGAGGCCCGCGAGACCCUGGACCAAUUGUACCUCGGCGACCUGAAGCGCCAGCCCGGAGACCCUGCCCCCAAGAAGCAGGUCGCCGCCGCCAGCUCAUCUUCCAGCACCGAGAGCCCCGGCUUCGGUAUCGGCCUGUACGCCGUCCUCCUCGUCGGCGGUGUCCUCGCAUACGUCGCCUACAACUACCAGCAGCAGCAACAGCAGCAGUCCGCAUAAGAUGCAAGCUAAUUGCUACGGUCUUGGACUUUUUCCCCACAGCAAAGCGGGAAGUGCUGAGGGGGGGGGCUCCCAAACAUCGCCGCCACUCUCCGAAAAGGGGGAACGAGGAUGCGCGCGCCGCCUCGGCGACGAAUGGGGAGGCUCCGGUCAUUGUCCUCAACAGGCGGAAACUUAUGUUUGAAGAGCGAGAGAAGGGGAGGCGCAAAGGUCUUUCGAAAACUUUUGCGUCACCCUAAGGUCCCAUGGAUGUGUUACGAGCUGGCGCAGACGGGUUAUAGGGGGAGCUUUUAUUCAGCGGCAGAGGAUCUGGCUGGUCGAGCAACGACUGAGCCGAAUCUGCCGGGAGAAGAUAUGCUUUUAAUAGAAUUUACGUUCUGGUCAUGAUUGUUUGUUGGAGAUUCUGUACUGGAUAUACGGGGUAGUGGGCGUCGUUACGCUAGUUACACAGCAACGCAACCGUUCAAAACAUCGCGCUC